UAGCGUGAUACAGGUCAAUUGCGAUAAUAAUUAAGAGGGCUCCUCAAUGCUUUCUGAUAGUCCAUGUCUACCUUUAUCUCAUUCACUGCCACUUCGUUGUAAGUGGUAUAUAGAGGAGCAAAUAGACCACUUGAGUUUUGAUGACUUGAUAGAGCAUGGCGAUGUACCAGAAUAAGCCAAACUCAAUAGAAUAUACAGACUUAGUGGCGGCUCUGAACCAAGUUACUUGGGAUCCUAAUGGGAUCUUUGAGUUCAGUCCCUCAGUUUGCGUCUGCCAGACGACGUUGGAGGCGAUAAAUACACAGAAGUGGCGUUUCGUUACAGUAAUUUGUAAGGCAAACCUUGUAUGAGUGGCUUUCAAGCCGAGUGCUUUGUUGAAGUUUCAUGUCGCAUAUAAUUGGUGAUUUUCUACGUAUGUAUUUGAGCAAGUGGUGCUCUCGAAAGUUACAGUCCAUCCUAGCGCUUCCAUCAAAAUAAGAAUAAUCUCUAAAAUGACUAACCUCAAAUUUAGCACGGCCUUCUAAUCAAAAGCCGGUAGUAUAUCGAACUGAGAUCAGUGACUGCUUGAGUUUAUGUAACUUUGUG